AUGAAGGUAUUUUCUACCACGAAGACUAAUUCAGCACCUCAAUCAAGUAGAAUGCCUCCAUCUGCACCCAAGACAAGUACAAUAUCUCCAUUUACAACUCAGUCUGACACACAGCCUUCACCUACAUCUCAUGACAGAAUUCACUCGAAGCCGGUUUUUAACAAAAGGAGUAAUUCAGCACAACAGUUUCAUACUCAACCUCCAACUGCACCUCAGUUGAAUAUUGAGCCUCCAUCUGCACCACAGUUACAUAUUCAGCCUCCUUCAGUACCCACACCACAGUUGCACGCUCAGUCUUCAUUUACACAUGUACCUCAAUCUAGUGCUCAACCUUCAAUAGAGUUACAGUAUGACAGUGAAGAGGAAGGAGAAAUAGAGUCCCAAGUGCAACCUUCACAAUCAACAUUGCGUAAAAGAGCUUGGCUUGUUGACACAGUUGAUGAAAACGGCACAAGAAAGACAAAACAACUCACAGUCAAUGAUGUUUGGUGUCUUCCUCCCAAUGAAAAAAUCAUAUUGAAUUGGAAUGAUGAAGGACAACCAAUUGGAGAUAGUGCAGGAUUGUUGAAUAGGUUAGAAUUACUGCCUAAGUUUGAAGUUGACUCUGACCUUUAUAAGAGUUAUAUCUUCAAAUCACUUAACUCAAAGUGGAGAGAGUAUAAACAAGAAUUGUGGCAACAAAGGGAUGAUAGUACACGUAACAGAGAUCAGUUGAUUGAGAUAGUCCCAGAAGGAGUAAAUAGAGACCAUUGGGCUUCUUUUGUUGAUUACCGUCUAAGUUCAAAAACAAAGGAAAAUGCCCAGAAAAAUAGAGAUAAUAGAAAGAAACAAAUAAUUCCUCACACUAGUGGAUCUAAAAGCAUUGCACGAAAGAGGGCAGAGCUGGAACUAGAGUCUGGUCGAAAAGUUAGCAGGGGAGAAGUAUGGACUGUUACACAUAAACAUGCAAAUGGACAUUUUGUUAGCCAGGAAGCCAAAGAAAUUAGUGAAAAAAUUCAAGAAUAUGAAUCAAGCAGAUCUUUAUCCCAAGAAAUAUCUACUCAAGAUUCAUUAGCUCAUGUUUUAGGAAGUAAAGAGCAUUGUGGCCGUGUCCGAGGUUUGGGAUUGGGUCCUUGUCCGUCUCAAGUCUUUGGAUAUCCUGCUCGUUCAUAUAGUGGAAUGUCCUCAUCUCUUUCUUCUUAUAGGGAAUUGCAGAAUCAAGUAACUGUUUUAAAGUCUCAAAUGGAUGAACAAAAUAAAAAAUUUGAUGUAAUGAUGAAUUUUUUCAUUCAGAACUUUCAAGGUCAACUACCUCCAGACUUAGCUAUGUUUCAAAGUUCACCGGUGUCUAAUCAAGGAAGUGCACAACCAACUAAUGUAACUGAUCAUUCUCCUUCAAAUUCUCCAGCUGAAGAGUAG